AUGCCUACUCCAAAAUCUACUGCAGAAGCAAUCGAACGUUGGAUCGGUGUCUGUGAUUCUCAACAUAGCGCCUAUCUUGGCGACAGUGACUCCACUACACGGAAUCUUUGGAAGACGGAUACCCGCGUUUCAUACAUUGCACUUUCCCAUAGAUGGUCCAAACAUACGCCUACGCUAUCCAGAGACAACUAUCACACCUACCUACGUCCUCGAUCUGAUCAGGUCUUACCGCAAUCCUAUCAGGAUGUCAUUGCUGUCUGCCGAGCGAUCUCUAUCAGAUACCUCUGGGUCGACUCUCUAUGUAUUAUCCAGGACGACGACGGAACCGAAUUCCGUACGGAAGCUCCGCUUAUGACCGAUAUAUACGCGGGUGCUUUCCUGACAUUGACAAUCUGUUGGGAUACUGAGGAUCGUAGCGUCUUCCACGAAUGUCAGCCCCGCAGUAUUCCCCGACCUGGCAGAGUCGCGUCAUUUCUGGACGAGAACUGGGUUGCAAACAAUCACACCCUUUCGCACGAAAGUGAUUUCGUGCUAGUGCAGGAAAUAGAACCAAACGACUUCCAGACCUGCGUGAAUUAUGCAGCUACCAACCGACGAGCUUGGGUCGUUCAAGAGCGUCUUCUGUCGAGACGCAUUCUUUACCUGAGUAAAGAUCAGUUAUACUGGGAGUGUGACGACUGCGUUGCCAAUCAGGCCUCGCCUCUUGGUAUUCACCAUGUUCAAAAGCGGGAGUCAAUUCCCAGUCUGAUUUGUGAGGAAAGAGAUAGACCAUGGAGUUUAACCCUCGAAACCUAUACUUCAUGCGAUCUCACUUAUGAAGAGGAUCGACUUGUCGCAUUAGCUGGCCUGGUCAAAGCAAUCUCAACCAGCACAGGAGAUACCUUUUUCGCCGGUAUAUGGCUCGAGACGUGGAUGUAG